AUGCUAUACAUGACUAAGUUUACACACGUACGUGAUUGGCCGUUGCUGGAAUCUGCGCUGUUCGUUCUCAUGUCCUAUGCGGCGUUCCUUAUUGCAGAAGUUUGUGAAUUAACAGGUGUCGUGGCCGUUCUGUUUUGCGGUAUAUGUCAAGCGCAUUACACGUAUAAUAAUCUCUCUACGGACUCCCGCAACAGAACGAAACAAUUGUUCGAGUUGCUUAACUUCUUGGCCGAAAACUUUAUCUUCACUUACAUCGGUGUAUCGAUGUUCACCUUUCCGAAACACCACUUCGACCCUUGGUUUAUUAUUGCUGGAUUUCUAACCUCAACACUCGGGCGAGCAGUAAACAUCUAUCCGUUGUCGUUCUUAUUGAACCUUGGACGUAAACCGCCUAUUCCGAUGAAUUUCCAGCACAUGCUCUUCUUCUCGGGUCUGCGUGGAGCCAUGUCAUUCGCUCUUGCGAUCCGCAACACUGUCUCCGAAGCGCGCCAAGCCAUGCUCACCACCACGUCCCUCAUAGUCAUCGCGACGGUGGUGCUCCAGGGCGGUGCCGCCACGCACGCGCUAGCCUACCUGCGCAUACCCACUGGGUACGACCUUAGCCAAGGACAGUCAGAGGAGAGUGAAGCGCUACCUUAUAGGGAUGUGAGAAAUAGCGGCCGCAUGGUAGUUAAGUGGGGCAAAGACGAGAGCGGCGUCAUAAUGCCUUGCCAUCUAAACUAUGAAGCAGAGAGCCAGCGCGGUAGCGGGGACAGUGGCAGUGAGAAGGCUCGCCUCGCCAAGUUGUGGGGAGCCUUGGACUCUCGCCUGCUGAAACCUUUGCUCACGCACGCGAGACCACCGUUGACAGAGACGUUGCCUGGAUUCUGUAGGCCACUCGCCCGAUUAUUGACUACGACUCGCCAAUACACACAAGGAGAUAACAACGGUCUCCGAAGAACUGAUUCCGAUUCGGAUUUAUGUAUCGAUGAGCCUCAACCAGUUCCUACAAGUAUCGACCCCCAGCUAUCUUUUAGCGUUCGGAAUGGAUAUGGGAAUAUAUAA